UUGAAAUGCUCUACGUGCGGGAAAAACUACAAGAGACGAGCCUGGUACAUUAAACAUCUAAAAACACAUAAUGGGGUUGAAGCACGACAAUCGUCGGUAAGAUCUACAACAUUCACUUCGGAUAGAGUUGACCCUCAUGUAUCCCAUGGUGAACCAUUAACUGGAAACCACCAGGAGUCCAUUAACAUCAGGACACGUCUUAGCAUUCCUAAUCUAAAAGAAUCGACUUGGAAAGUUCACGACGACAACUUAGCGGUCCUGUUAGAGCAUCCGGGCUCGAAGCAGGAAUUGAACUCGCAGGUAGAAACUUUCCAAAAUACCGUUUAUGACUACUUUAGCGAGCAAUAUCCACCACGUAAUCGUUAUGCUCGCAAAAAUAAAGACAAUUCGUUCAAAUUAAAAAUGCGGAAGAAAAAACGGGAAUUAAUAAAAAAUCUACGUAUAGCCAAAGCUCUAGGCGACAAUCACCUUAGUCAUCAACUAGCUAGGGCGUUAAGGUCAAUCCUUAAAUUAAUCCAAGGAAUAUCGGCGCAAACUGCAGAAUAUCGCGAUAAUUUUGACCGGGCAAAACAAGAAGUAGAUUUCGAUAAAAACCCUUUUGAGUAUUCGAAAACCAUUUUUAAGAAAGAACGCGGACAGCUUCUCUUGACCAACGAUCAAAUUUACGACCAUUUUAAGAGCACAUACGAAGUGCCUAAAAGUUUAAGACGGUAUAGGGAUCCAAACGAUCAAAAACCUGAAUUUCCUCGAAUCGAAUUCCACGGCAUUCCACCAACGCUAGAGGAACUAAGUAGUCAGAUCAAGAGGAAGUCGUCUAAAUCUGCACCGGGACCCGAUGGUAUCCCAUAUAUAGUCUUUAAAAAAUGUGCAUCGGUUCGUAAACACCUCCUAAAUAUAUACGGUAAAAUCUGGUCAAGGAAGCAAAUCCCGGAGUGCUUCGGGAAAGCAAUUUUUGUCCUCAUUCCCAAAAAAGAUCGAGUUACUGAUCCGAAAGAUACUAGACCGAUAGCUUUAACAAAUACUAUAUCGAAAAUCUUUUUCUCGGUUCUACAAACGAGAAUGACGCGAUUCAUGCUCAGCAACAACUAUUUUAGGCCAAAUCACCAGAAAGGGUUUUUACCCGGGAUUUCUGGAUGCUUAGAACACAACACCUUGCUGUCGGAGAGUUUAAAAGAUGCUAGAAAAAGCGAGCGGCAAAUCACUGUUUGUUGGAUAGACUUGGAGAACGCGUUCGGGUCGAUACAACACGAAUUGAUGCUAUUCGCGCUUAGAUGGUACAACUUUCCACCCCUAGUUAGAGAUAUGAUCGCGUCGUAUUACUCAAAAUUAAGGUUUUCUAUAAUAACUAAAGAAGGCCCUUCAAAAAGUUUGAGUUAUAAUGUAGGACUGUUUCAAGGUUGUUGUCUAUCUCCAAUUGCGUUUAAUAUCGUAAUUAACAUCUUAGUAGACAAAUUAAUCUGUAACGAGAAAAAAUGGGGUUAUCGGUUUAAGUUUAAUAAUAAAUACACGGAAUCCAUUUUAGCCUUCGCUGACGAUCUCGCAAUACUGACACGUAACCCCAAACACUGUCAGGUACUAUUGGAUGAAGUGGAUAAAUUCUGUGAGUGGACGGAUGGAUUGAGGACAAAACCCAGUAAAUGUCACUGUCUGUGUCUUGGUAGGCGGAAUACAAGAUACACCUCAUACGAUCCGGGACUAUCGUUAGGCGGUCAAUGCAUUUCUACGGUUACGGAAAAUGCACCAUUUAAAUUUCUCGGUCGUAAGAUAGAUAAUAUAGGCCGUACUCCAUCUUUAGAAGGAAUAGUAGAUAGCUUUUUGAACGAUCUUAACAAGUUAGAUGCAGGCGUCAUAAAGAUGUUGAAGUUGUGGCUCGGGCUCGCUCUAACGGCUGAUUCAUCGGCGUUAUUUAGGGGAAGCAAUAGUUUUGGGAUGAGUCUAAAAAGGCCAUCGGAGCUCUAUAAACACCUAAGAGUUUCCAAGAGAUAUAUCCUGGGGAAAUCCCAUGAUGACAUAGUGACAUCGCUCCCAAAAGAUGAAGAUGCCCCCGAGCUAGAGUCACGACUUCAAUUCCAUAAGCAAUUUAUGAUAGGAGCGCAAAGUAACAGAGCGGGUUUAGGAUCAAAUAGGAAAGUCCAAGAUGCGGAUAUAUUGAAGUCUUUUAUUCGGCAAGACGAGAAUGAUAAAUAUAAGAUCCAUGCAAUGAAUUUAGAAAUGCAGAACGAGUGGUUAGACAUAGGAGAUUUUUGCAUCCCAUUAGCAUUAAAAUGGCGCACUUUAAUUUAUGAUUGGUCGCCAGCAUUGCUAAAAUUCUAUCUCAAUGCGUUCCAGAUGACUCUCCCAGAUCAGAGUAAUUUAGUAAGAUGGGGUAAAAGUACCGAAAAAACUUGCUAUAUCUGUGGAAAGGCAGUUGGAACUGCUAAGCAUCUGCUGGUGGGAUGUAAGGUACUCCUUGACAGCGGUCAAUACUCGCGUCGUCACGAUAGGGUUCUAGAAGUCAUACGUGAAGCGGUUAGUCUUUCGGUAGCCAGAGCGCAAAAGGGAAUAACCACAAACGAACGAUCAGUAGGUUUUGUGAGAGAAGGCUCUAGGGCUACAAAAUCAAACGUCAAGCCUUACUCCAUCCUUAAAGCGGCGUCGGAUUGGACUAUAAUGAUGGACACGUAUGAAAAACAAUAUAAAAUCCCCGAGGAUAUUUGUGCGUCGGCCUCCAGACCGGAUAUAUUUUUGUUUUCGCGAAUUUUAAAGCGCGUAGUGAUGAUAGAGCUUACGGUCCCUUGGGAAACCAACAUCCCCAAAGACCAUACCAUCAAGGUCAACAAAUAUUACGAGCUCACAAACGAACUCACUCGAAAUAGGUUCGUAGUAGAUUUGUACGCGGUAGAGGUGGGAGCGAGAGGUAUAACAGCGAAAUCUCUCUAUAACCUACUAAAGGACUUGGGCUUGUCCAGAACUCACAUUAAUGCAUUCUUGGAACGUACAUCGAAGGCAGCCCUAGUAGGUUCUUUUCAAAUUUGGUUAGGUAGGGAGAGGAGCUUGGACAGUGGAGGUGAGCGUAUAACGCGCGUUAGUUAA